AUGGGGUACAAAGAUUAUCAUGCAAAUUUACGUAUCUUAAAUGCUACAUGCAUGCAAAGAAUGUCACUUACCAACUCAUCUGUGUCUGGUGUCAGUAUGCUCAUUGCCUCCCAACUGGAACCAACAUAUGCCAGGAGAGUUUACCCGUGUUUCGAUGAACCUGCCAUGAAGGCCACGUUUAAUAUCAGAAUUGUUCAUGACCCAAACUAUGUGGCUCUCUCCAACAUGCCUGCUAUUGAUGUAUCUGAAAUGAAAGAUGAAAAUGGAAGCCUAUGGACUGUAACCACAUUUAACACAUCACUGAAAAUGUCAACUUACUUGACUGCUUUUGUGAUUUGUGAUUUUGAUUAUAUCACCAGAACCACGCAGGGAAACGAGAUACGUAUUUGGGCUCGGAAAGAGGCAAUUAAAAAUGGGUAUCUUGACUAUGCUUUAAAUAUCACGGGCCCAAUAUUUGCAUUUCUGGAAGACAUACUUAACAUCAGCUAUCCUCUGCCAAAGACAGAUCUGGUUGCAUUGCCUGAUUUUGGAGCAGGUGCUAUGGAAAACUGGGGGCUAAUGACUUUCCAAGAAUCAUCACUGAUGCACAUCCCAAGUGAUAAAUUCACAAGCAGAAAGGCAAUGAUUGCCUUAAUAGUGUCACAUGAGCUAGGACACCAGUGGUUUGGCAAUCUGGUUACAAUGAAGUGGUGGAAUGACCUGUGGCUUAAUGAGGGACUGGCAUCUUACUUUGAGUAUCUGGGAGCUACCUUUAUUGAACCCAGGCUUUCACUGGAUAAAAUCUUUUAUGAUCAUGUUGUACAACGUGUCUUAAGGGAAGACAAUGAAAUAGGAGUUCGAUCACUGUCAGAGAGUGAAGACAAGAUCAAAGGAUCAUUUUCUUUAAUGUCUUUGUUUGACAGCAUCACAUACAACAAGGGGGCUUCUGUAACCUGGAUGCUUUCUGGCUUCCUGACUGAAAAGCUGUUCCUCAAAGCACUUACUCUGUAUCUGAAAGAAUUUUCCUUCUCAAAUGCUAAUCAAGAUGAUCUUUGGACCCACAUCCAGAUGGUCAUAGAUGCACAGGACGAAGUUCAGUUGCCAGCAUCUGUAAAACAAAUAAUGGAUUCCUGGACCUGCCAAAAUGGGUUUCCAGUUUUAACAUUAAAUGUAACCACUGGAACAAUUAGACAGGAACAAUUUCUUAAUAAAAAGAAUGAAAAGAGUACUGAUUCUUACAAUAACACAUGGAUUAUUCCUAUUUCUUGGAUGAGAAAUGGAUCAUCACAACCCUUAAUGUGGCUAGAUAAAAGCAGCAAAGUGUUUCCUGAAAUGGAAGUAUUUGAGUCAGAAUAUGACUGGAUCCUGCUAAAUGUAAAUUUGAGUGGAUACUACAGAGUGAACUAUGACAAAUUAAACUUGAAAAGAUUAGCACUCUUGCUUGAAAAUGAUCCAAAGUUUUUACCAGAAAUCGCUUUGAUGAAAAUGUGGAAUAAUGAGAAACUAAUGUUGGGAAAGGUGAAG